AUGGCGUUGGCGACUUGCUCGCAGAUCCCUAAGGAAGUGGCUGAUAUCUUUAACGCCCCCAGUGAUGAUGAAGAGUUCGUUGGUUUCCGAGAUGAUGUUCCCAUGGAAACCCUCUCAUCCGAGGAGAGCUGUGAUAGUUUUGACUCACUGGAGUCGGGGAAGCAGCAGGAUGUGCGUUUCCAUUCCAAAUACUUCACAGAAGAGCUCAGAAGAAUCUUUAUAGAGGACACUGACUCAGAGAUGGAAGAUUUUGAAGGAUUUACGCAGACUGAUCUCAAUGUUAAUAGUAACCCAGAGCUUGUGGAGUCAGAUUUGAGUGAUGACAGUACAGCAUCUUUCGUGAGUGGGGAAGAUGAUGAUGAUGAAGAAAAGGCGACACCUCGAAGAAGCAGGCCUAGAAGAAGCAGUAUUGGUCUUCGAGUAGCCUUUCAGUUCCCCACCAAGAAACUGGCAAAAAAAGCUGAUAAGAACGGUUCUUCCGAGCCCCUGUUUUCUGGGUCAUGUUUACAGGACAAUAAAAAAGCGAUUCUUGGAAGGAAGACCAGCUGCAGGCAGGAGAAGGAAAGGGAAGACUCUGCCUCUGAGUCUGAGGACGACUCCCGGGAUGAGGGCCAGGAGAGCUCGGAUGCUCUGCUGAAGAGGACCAUGAACAUCAAGGAGAACAAAGCCAUGCUUGCUCAGUUAUUGGCGGAAUUGAACUCGAUGCCUGAUUUCUUCCCGGUCCGAACCCCAAACUCAGCUUCUAAGAAGAAGACCGCGAGGCGGGCCUUCUCAGAGGGACAGGUCACGCGGCGGACCAACCCGGCCCGGAGUGCGCGGCCCCCCGAGAAGUUCGCCCUGGAAAACUUCACCGUGUCAGCUGCCAAGUUCGCAGAAGAGUUUUACGGUUUCAGAAGAAGGAAGACCGUUAGUGGGGGGAAAUGCCAGGGGCACCGCCGACGCCGCUGUGUGUCUUCGUUUCGGCCAGUGGAGGACAUCACUGAAGAGGACUUGGAGAACGUGGCCAUCACUGUGCGGGAUAAGAUCUAUGAUAAAGUUCUGGGUAACACUUGCCAUCAGUGUCGGCAGAAGACCAUCGACACCAAGACGGUGUGUCGGAACCAGAGCUGCGGGGGCGUGCGGGGGCAGUUCUGCGGGCCGUGCCUGCGGAAUCGCUACGGGGAGGACGUGAGGUCGGCGCUGCUGGACCCGGACUGGGUGUGCCCUCCCUGCCGGGGCAUUUGCAACUGCAGUUACUGCCGGAAACGCGAUGGCCGCUGUGCCACAGGCAUCCUCAUUCACCUGGCCAAGUUCUACGGUUACAACAACGUGAAGGAGUACCUGGAGAGCUUACAAAAGCAGCUGGUGGAAGACAAUUAG